CCCCUUCUCCAUCUUAUGGCUUCGGCCACUCUCUCAAUAGCCAAUGCAGCCCUUCAGGCCAAUGGCAAGGGAUUCUCCGACUUCUCUGGACUGAGGACCUCCUCAGCUUCUCUCCCUUUCUCCCGCAAAGCGUCACCCGAUGACUUUGUAUCUGUUAUCGCCUUCCAAACAUCUGCAGUGGGAGGGAAUGGUGGAUAUAGAAAGGGAGUGGUGGAGGCGAAGAUCAAGGUGGCUAUCAACGGGUUUGGACGCAUUGGACGUAACUUCCUGCGGUGUUGGCACGGCCGCAAGGACUCACCACUGGACGUGAUCGCCAUCAACGACACUGGCGGUGUGAAACAAGCUUCUCACCUCCUCAAGUAUGACUCCACUCUCGGCAUCUUUGAAGCAGACGUCAAACCGGCCAGCGACACCUCCAUCUCCGUCGAUGGCAAGGUCAUCCGGGUCGUCUCCGACCGUAAUCCCGCCAACCUCCCCUGGAAGGAGAUGGGGAUUGAUUUGGUGAUAGAAGGAACAGGGGUGUUUGUAGACAGGGAGGGAGCAGGGAAACACAUCCAAGCAGGGGCGAAGAAGGUGCUGAUCACUGCGCCAGGGAAGGGUGACAUUCCAACGUACGUCGUGGGUGUCAAUGAGGAUAGUUACAAUCCUGAUGAGCCCAUCAUUAGCAAUGCUUCCUGCACAACCAACUGCCUCGCUCCCUUCGUCAAGGUUCUUGAUCAGAAAUUUGGGAUCAUCAAGGGGACAAUGACGACCACACACUCGUACACCGGAGACCAGAGACUGCUGGACGCCAGCCACCGUGACCUCCGGCGUGCACGGGCGGCGGCUCUGAACAUCGUGCCAACCUCGACUGGCGCUGCCAAGGCCGUGGCUCUGGUCCUCCCAACGCUCAAGGGAAAACUCAAUGGCAUCGCCCUCCGAGUCCCAACACCCAACGUGUCGGUGGUGGACCUUGUGGUCCAGGUCUCCAAGAAGACUUUCGCGGAGGAAGUGAACGCGGCCUUCCGUGAAAGCGCCGAUAAGGAACUUCAAGGGAUUCUGUCAGUGUGCGAUGAGCCUCUGGUGUCAGUGGACUUCCGCUGCUCCGACGUGUCGUCCACUGUGGAUUCAUCGCUGACGAUGGUGAUGGGCGAUGACAUGGUCAAGGUCAUCGCUUGGUAUGACAACGAGUGGGGUUACUCGCAGAGGGUUGUGGAUUUGGCCGACAUCGUCGCCAACAACAUGAAGUGACAUCUUCUUGCUUGCAUUGCAGCCUUCUUCACAAUAUUAUUGUUCCCACUUGCUCAAAUUUAUUUUUUCCCUCAAUAUAUUUUCCAUUUUCAUUUUAUAUUUUCUCGGUUAUAUAUUUAUAUAGAUAUGAGAGCCUGAGGAACUCUUCUUUCUCUCUUUUUAUUAUUUAUAUAUAUAUUUGUAUUUUAUUCCGGUUUGUCAAAGGACUCGAGUAUCAAAAGAACUUCUCUUUUCCUA